UGGACCCACGUGUCAAUCGAUCGAGGAGGAAGACCAACGGGCGGGAGAGAGAGGGGAUUUCCCCUUUUACGAAUCCAAAUUGAGAGGGAAGCGGGGAGCCCAAUCGACCGAUCUAUCUAUUCGAUUCGAUUCCCCUUCCCUUCCGAUUGAUUCCUCUCCUCUCCUCCCCUCCCCUCCUCCCCUCCCACCGCAAGCAAUCCCCGGCCUCCUCGUCUCCUCCCUCCUCUACACGUCAUCCACCACUGGCUUGGAUUCGAGUUUAAGUAAUAGUAACCCGGCGGCCUUAAGGCGGAGGUGCGGCGGCGGCGGCGGCGGCGGCGCCCUGAGGUGAGGUGAGGUCAGGUCAGGUCGGCAUCGCAUCAUCCCGAAGGCGACAUCCCACGAUACUUGUAACUCGCUUCCUUACCGCACAAACGACAAGAAGAAGAACAAGAGAUUGCUCAUUCGUUCACCAUCACCAGGUGGAGAGCCAUUAUCCAUGGUUUUGUACGACCAAGACCCAGAUAUCACCCGAUGGGGCCUUCAUCUCCUCCUCCCAGGUGGAGGUGGAGGUGGAGGUGCUGCUACCGACAACUCUGCCCAUCAUCACACUAGGCCCCCUCAGCAUCCCAACGGGGAUACCUCCAAUUCCACUGAGAUCAAGGUUGAGCAUAUCGCCCGCAACGAUGCCGUUGACAAUGAUGAGAUCAUCGCGCAAGCCCUGCAGGAGGAACUGUCCCAAAUCGCCCUUGCCGAAGCAUCUGGAGCAUCCUCCGCUCACGACAACCACUCCGCUGUUCUCACGCAACAGUGGUUUCGCCCACGCACCAUCCAUGUAGCAUCAGCUUCUCGACAGGCAGAGAGCAGGGAGGAACCGUUUAGUUCAUGCUCAAGCCCUGGAGAUGACAAUGUCCAACAUGGCGAGGCAUGCUUGAUCGACCUCAUGGAUGACUUCUCUGUCCUAGACGGCGAAGUUGGCAAAAGAUUGAAUGACAUGGUUCCUGUUCCUCAUGUUCCUAAGACAAAUGGAGAGAUUCCUUCUGUUGAUGAAGCCAUCUCCGAUCAUCAAAGACUCCUUGACAGGUUGGUGCUGUAUGGUUUGGUUGAGCUCAAGGUUAAAGGAGAUGGCAAUUGUCAGUUUCGAGCAUUGUCAGAUCAAUUUUACCGCACUCCUGAACAUCACAGAUUUGUUCGGCAGCAAGUGGUGAAGCAGCUUGAAUCACAUCCUGAGUUUUAUGCGGGAUAUGUCCCUAUGGAUUACAAGGAAUAUCUGAAAAAGAUGCCAAAGAGUGGAGAGUGGGGUGACCACGUUACGUUGCAGGCUGCUGCAGACUCGUAUGGUGUGAAGGUUUUCAUCCUGACAUCAUUCAAAGAUACAUGCUACAUUGAAAUCCUUCCUGUUGUUGAGAAAUCAAGAAGAGUUAUAUGCUUGAGCUUUUGGGCUGAGGUGCACUACAACUCGAUAUAUCCGGAAGGAGAGUUACCUGUUUUGGAGAACAAAAAGAAGAGUUGGUGGCCCUUCUAGCGGUAGCAGUUCCAGGUCAGGAAGAAGAUUAGAGCAGCUAACCACUGAAUGAUUCAUCCGGUGGCAUCUCAUCACGGAUUUUGUCAGGCCAUGUGACUUGACUGACAGCGAUGGAACGGGUGGGCUCCGAUAGGAUAGGGGCAUGUAAUGUACGUAGAUACUAGCAGCAGUAUCUGUACAGAAGACGGAGAGGUGAUUAGCAUGGAAGGGAGGUGAUUAGACAGAGAGGUCAUUCAUUUUCUGAUUUGUGGCUGGGCCUUUAUUAGGAUCAUUCUUUUGUUCUUUGGACAGGACAGCUCAGACUGUAAUUACUACCGAGUACUUGACUUGGUUGGAAACACAGUGCCUGGAAAUAGAAAAGGGUAAAAAACCAACACGUCCGUUGAGUUGAUGAUAGCUCGAGAGGAAGCAGAGCUUUGAUUGAUUGCCAGCGUGUGGAUCAGGAAUUGGAGAAAUAAGUUAGCGCAGUUUUCAUUGA